GUGAUGAUGGUCGCCAUCCGAGCAUUUGGAACAUGCGAGGAGCUGCCAGAGGAAUUGUUAAUAUUUCUGUUGCAGCUUCAACAGAUAGAUGCUCCUGUCCUGGAUUGUGCCUUUAGAAGUGUGACACUUGUCGGUGCUGGUCACAGCCUGCUUCAGAACAGGCAUUAUCGGCCUUCAGUCAAGAUGGUGGCGUUUAACUUGAAGGCUUUGGAGAAUUUCCCAUUGCUGAUGUACAUCUUGGCAGCUAAAACACUGAUUCUUUGCUUAGCAUUUGCUGGAGUUAAAAUGUACCAGAGUAAAAAACUUGAAGAAAAAUUGAAGAGGGAACGUGAAGCGAAAUUGAAAAGAGAAGCAGAGAAGAAGGGUGAUUAAAGGAAUCUGUCAGAUUCUGUGACACUUGGCAGCUUGCUUGGAUUCCUUUCCUGGGAGAACGAAGGCUUCCUGUAGAUGAAGGAUGUGUCGAAGGAAUAAAACCCUCCGGAGUAACAUUCACUUAAAUUGUAUCUCAACUUUUUGUAUGUACAGCAAAAUAUCUAAGCUUCUAUUUAUGCAAUAAAGAAAACAUUUGUAU